GCCUGCCGGAUGGAGCCCCCGUGCAGCGAAGCGGACAGUGCCCUGGGCGGGGCCGGGGAGCUCUGCUUGGCCGACCCUGCCGCCAGCUCCGGGAAGCUCAAGAGGAGCAAGAAGAAGAUGCUGGAGCAGAAGUGGCAGAGCCUGGAGGAGACAGGGAGCAAUGCCCCCCAGCAAAGGAAGCACCCCAGCCUCAUCAGAUCAAAGACCUACGACCCGUCCUUCUCCAAAGAGCCCGAGCCGGAGCAAGCCCCAGGCAUGCAGAGAGCUGCUCCUUCCUGUGUCUCCUGUGCUUGGCAGAGGGAAGUCCCCUAUCACGGGCGCCUCUACGUCUCGCAGAACUACGUCUGCUUCCAGUGCAGCAUGCUGCGCCGGGACAUCAAGGUGGUGAUACCCGUCUCCUCCAUUACUGUCCUCAAGAAGGCCAACAUGGCGCUGGUGGUGCCCAACGCCCUCAGCAUCCGCACCUCGGAGGGCGAGAAGUUCCUCUUUGUCUCGCUGCGGACCCGAGAGGCCACGUACCAGCUGCUGAGAUCUGUCUGCAAACACCUCCAGGACGGGAGCGUGAGCAGCAGCCCCCUGGCCUCCCCAGCCAACACCAGUCUCUGGUAA